UGAAACUCCCACAUGGCGGAUGCCCAGGAAUUCAGAUACAAGCGCCUGCUGCCCUCGUGCAAUGUGGUGGUCACCAUUAUGGCAUGCCUUUCCUUUAUGUCGGGACUCCUUGCCGCCUACCUUUUCAUGACCAUCAAAAAGAAAGUUUCGGAAACAGUGAUGAUCGUUUGGGCCACCUUAGCGGGGAUCUAUUCCCUAGUUUCUCUGUUGCUUAUUAUCGGCGUGUGGAAGCUCGUCAAGGCCCUGGUGUACCUGUACAUGUGCAUGCUUAUCGUUUCCAUUGCCGUUUAUACGGAAAUCCUUACGUGGCUGUGGAAAAGUCUGGCGGCAGCCGUCUUCGCCGCGGUAGUCAUUAGCUUCAUAUUCCUGGGCCUGGCGCUGAACAUAUCCAAGAGUAUUUCAGAAAAACGGAGGCAGAUGGCCCGGGAUCGUGGAGAUGAUUAGAUAAGCAUAUUAUCAGAAAUUUUAAGUGUAUAAACUCUCAUAUAAACCGAUAUAUUAUGGAAGAUUUUCUCAUAACUACUUUGAUUUAGAAACCAUA